GGAGCAAGAGCACGAACACAAUCACGGAGAGGGGAUGCAUUGCCGGAAAGACGCCAGGUAAACAGCGCGGAUGCAGUGCUAUACGGAACUCGUGCCUCCCACGGCUGUCACGCACGCUGUUGCGCUGCCAUUCGUGAGCGCGGAAGCAAACAACCUCGUGGUCGCGAAGACAUCGCUCCUGCAGGUCUUUGGCGUCAAGGCCGCGGGCAAUGAUGGCGGGAACGAGAAACUGGUGUUGGUGGGGGAAUACAGCCUGGCAGGCACUGUCACUUCGAUAGCACGUGUCAAGACUCUGGAUACCAAGUCGGGAGGCGAAGCUGUCCUCCUCUCCUUCAAAGACGCGAAGCUCAGCUUGGUCGAGUGGGACCCGGAGAACUAUCGAAUCAGCACGAUUAGCUUGCAUUUCUACGAAGGCGAUAAUGUGAUAUCUGCCCCCUUUGGACCACCCCUCGCCGAUUGCGACUCCAUCCUGACCGUCGACCCGAGUUCACGAUGCGCCGCCUUGAAGUUUGGCGCUCGACAAUUGGCCAUUCUCCCCUUCAGACAGUUUGGAGAUGAGCUAGCUGGAGAAGAAGAGGAGGGCGAGUUCGAUGCAGAUCAUGCACUUGCGACGUCAAAGAGGACCGAGUCUGUUCCACACGCCAAUGGCGAUACCGAGCACACGCCCUACAAGGCUUCCUUCACACUGGCGCUCACAGCGCUGGAUCCCUCCGUCAGUCAUGCUGUGCACUUGGCUUUCUUGCACGAGUACCGGGAGCCGACAUUUGGCAUCUUGUCGGCGACAGUGGAGCCUUCGUACAGCCUCCUAGAGGAGCGCAAAGAUAUCCUAACGUAUACUGUGCUCACGCUGGAUCUGGAGCAAAGGGCAUCUACGAACCUCAUCAGCGUACCAAAGCUUCCUUCGACGUUGUGGGAGGUCGUGCCAUUGCCGCUGCCUGUGGGUGGCGCUUUGCUUCUUGGCACGAAUGAGCUCGUGCAUGUGGAUCAGAGCGGCAAGGCAAAUGCUACUGCAGUCAACGAAUUUGCAAAGCUGGAAAGUGACUUUGGCAUGGCAGAUCAGUCUCAUCUCAAUCUAAAACUCGAAGACUGCAGAGUAGAAGUACUUGAUUCCAAGACUGGUGAGCUUCUCAUUGUCACCAAUGACGGCUCGCUCGCAAUACUUUCCUUCCAAAUGCAUGGCCGUAGUAUAAGCGCAUUGAACGUAAAGAGAGCCACGUCCGAAAACGGAAGCACAACGAUUCACACAGCGCCGUCAUGUAUGGCAAGACUUGAAGGCAGCAAGAUCUUCAUUGGCAGUGAGGACGGCGCCUCUUCACUUCUGGGCUGGUCACGACCUACCUCGGCGCUCAACCGGAAGCGUUCGCAUGCACAAAUGCUAGAUAAGGAGGCGGACGAUGAAGACGAGGAAAUGGAAGAAGACGACGAUGACUUGUACGAUGCAGCACCCGAGCCGAAGAAACGAGCAUCAUCGGAGACGGCUGUGACUUCGACUGCACAGUACACGUUCUCUAUAAUAGACGAAUUACUCUCCACUGGACCGAUACAUGAAGUAUGUCUCGGUCGCUCGGGUCCAUGGAAGGACAGACUGGAGAUUGCAGCAGGGGCUGGUCGUAAACAGGCUAGCAGACUUACUCUCAUGCAUCGUGACAUCGUACCAACAGUACGGCGCAAGUGUAAGCUUGGCGCGGCGAGAGCCACAUGGGCACUUCGCCCUAAACAGCGUAAUGCUGCGCUCCCAGAGUACGACAACCUUCUUUUUGUCUUCGAUGGCGACGAUACCAAAGUGUACGACAUUCCCUCGCAGGAUGAAGAUGGUAGCAGCUAUACUGAGCGUUCUGCUCCCGAGUUUGAGAGCGCUGGAGAGACCCUCGAUAUGGCUACAGUCGCUGACGGCACAAUCGUUGUGCAAACACGUCGCACAGAGUUGCGAACAUAUAAUGCCAAGCUCGGACUGGACCAGAUCAUCCCUAUGACUGACGAGGAAACGGAUGAGGAUCUGAGCAUAGUGCACAUCGCAGUCUCCGAUCCGUAUGUGCUAGUGAUCAGAGGUGAUAAUAGUGUCCAAGUGCUUGCUGUUCAAGGCGGUGAAUUAGAGACCCUUGAAGGUGAGGGUAUGGUUACGGAAAAGAAGUGGCUCAGUGGGUGCAUUUACACCGGUGUGCUGACGGGGCGGAAUGCUGCACUUUUCCUGCUGGACGCCGAUGGUGGUCUGCAUGUGUUCAGCUUGCCAGACCUCACGUCUGUCUACGCCUUACCAAAUCUUCCUCAUCUGCCUCCGAUACUGGCGGCUGAUGCUGUGGCACGCCGGGUUGGAACGAAAGCUACCUUGACGGAACUUUUGGUGGCAGAUCUCGGCCAGGAUAGCGCCACUGAGCCAUAUCUGAUAGUGCGGACAGCAAUGGAUGAUAUCGUGCUAUAUGAGCCUUUUCACUAUCCACUUCGGCCAAACGAAGACUCGUGGCACUCGAGCUUGCACUUCCGGAAAGUGCCGUUCUCGUACAUCCCCAAGUAUAACGAGCAACUAUCUGACGCUCAAACCCCGCCACUCAAGCGUAUCCAAGUGGGUGGGUACCACGCAGUCAACAUCCCAGGAGGGCCCACCAAUUUGUUGAUGAAAGAGUCUUCAUCUCUUCUUAAGGUGCUGGAGGUGCGGGACACGCAGUCAUCGCAACGUGCCACUGUAAUGUCGCCAGUUCACCGGCCUGGCUGCGAGCACGGCUUUUUGACUAUCAACGCAGACGAGGAGGUGCAGGAGAAUCAGCUACCGGAAAAGACAUGGUACGGUACUGGGUGGAGCAUACAACAGGUGGACAUUGGCGAAGAUGUGCGACACAUUGCAUACCAUGCGGAAAGGGAAGUGUACGUGGUAGCGACGUGCAGAGACAUCGAUUUCUAUUUCGCAGGCGAAGACGGCCGUCACCCGGAGCAGGAUGACAUUGAGCUACGACCACAGGUUCCGCAGUAUACCAUUCACCUUGUAUCCGCAAAGUCUCACCAGAGACUACAGUCAGUGGAGCUGGGGUAUCUCGAAACUGUGACUGCAUUGAAAGUGAUGUCGCUGGAGGUUUCUGAAAAUACGCACGAGCAGAAGGAUCUUGUGGUCGUAUCCACUGCCGCACAGCGGGGCGAAGAUAUGCCAGCCAAAGGUGCAGUAAUCUUGUACGAUAUCAUCGAUGUCGUACCGGACCCAGAUGUUCCCGAGAGUGGCUUCCAACUCCACCAGCUUGCCCGAGAACAGGCACGUGGCGCGAUCACUUCUAUCGCUGGCCCUCUCCCCGGAGGCUUCCUCGGCACAGCACAAGGUCUCAAGCUCAUGGUGCGUGGACUGAAGGAGGAUGGAACAUGCUUACCAGUCGCCUUUCUCGACGCACAAAGCUAUACUCAUACUCUCAAAGUGCUACCUGGGCGAGGGAUGUGGCUAGCGGGUGAUGCAUGGAAAGGCCUGUGGUUCGGCGGAUUUACCGAGGAGCCAUACAAGCUCACUGUGAUGGGCAAGUCACCAAAGAGCAAAAUGGAGGUGAUGACUGCAGAAUUCCUUCCCUUCGAUGGAGCUUUGUACAUCUUGAUCAUGGACGCCGACAAUGACCUGCAUGUUCUGCAGUAUGAUCCCGAGAAUCCGAAGUCAGUGGGCGGCAUGCGAUUGUUACACAGAAGCACCUUCCAUAUUGGUCAUCUGGUGACAAACAUGCUUCUCGUGCCCUCCAGUCUGAAGCCAUUCGAAAGUCAAGAUCGAGACAUGGCAAAUGGGACGAAUGGGAACAACGAGGAAGCCACAAGAGCUCCACCUUCACUUCAUCACAUUCUGGCAACAUCACGAUCCGGAUCAGUUGGCCUCAUCACACCUCUGGAUGAAGCUGCAUAUCGGCGACUAUCAGCCCUGCAGACACAUCUCACUGCGAUACUUGAACACGCUGCGGGUCUCAAUCCGAGGGCAUACAGAGCUGUGGAGGCCGAGAGCUUUGGUGGAGCGAGAGGUGUGGUUGAUGGCUCUUUAGUCAAUAGGAUCGGCGAACUAGGUGCUGCUAAGAGAGCUGAUGUGCUUGGCCGAGCUGGCAGUGACGGCUGGGUUGUGAGAAGCGAUCUGGAAAUCGUGGGUGGCGGAGGGUUGGGAUAUCUGUGAGUCUGCCAAGCAGAGCAACCCGGCAAAUGAGAAUACGAUCUUCGAGCAAUACGUUAUUGGUGUCGUAGAUGACGAGGACUACGAUCUGGAUGUAUCUUCAUGGCACGCAGUAGUGUGUGCUGCUCAGCUCUGCUACGAAGCUGCGAAUAUCCGCAGUUGGACUUUCGUGCGUAUAGCAAGCGGACGAUAGCUACCUGACCUUACAUGUAGUUAAUUAGGUAGGUAACUACGCUUCAC